CCAAUAGAAGUAGUAAAUUACUUACUCUUUUGCUAUGGCAUUUAGAACUAAAUGAAAAAAUGGUCCAGGGAGAUGGUAGAAAUCACAUUUUCGUUGUGGAAAUUAUAUUUGCGUUAGGAUUAUUUAUUGGUUCAAGCAGUUUUGAUACUGAUAAUAAUAUUAAAUUGGCAGUCACAAUUGGUCGAUACAUUGUGUAUCUUUUGACAAUUAAAGCUUUUCACAAAAUUUGUUCAGUGGGUUUUAAUGUUAUUUACCGUAAAUACAAAUUUGAAUAUGAUAAAAUAUUAGAAAAAUACAAGAACGACUUGACAGUACUAGUGGUUGCUGCUGGCUUAUUGAUUUAUCAGAAGGAGAAGGUGUUAGAACAAGACUUUGUUCUUUUAUACAUUGCAUUCUUAAUCACAAAGUACACUCAAAUGGAGGAAAAACAAAAGUCCAUAAAUUAUGGUAUCGGAAUGGCGUGUAGUUUCUUCGAGGGUUAUCUGGCUCAUAUUAUACCAAGUGAUGGAGCUUCAUUUGUUGGUUUUGAGGAGAAUAUAAACAUUUAUGAGGCAAGGCACAAUGUAGUGUUUCCAGUUAAAAAAUUGUUUAUUAUUAUAACCAAGUCACUGUAUUGCCCUCCGGAUUUAAAGCAUUUCAAUAAGACGGAUAAAAACUUACCAUACUUGGAAGCAUGUCAGUCGCUAGAGGCCAUAGAGAAGGAUGUGGCCGCGGUGAAGAACCGCAGGUACCGGAACAGCGCAUACAAGAUACACCGAGCAGCCCCGCCCCUGUAUCUCGCGGUCGAGUGCGCUACCCCACUGCACACGUUGCAUAGAGUGCUAGAGAAGCGGGCCCUGUGUGAGGAACUCGGCACAGUAAAUGUGAAGGAAGUUGUCGACGACUUUUGUAGAACGCUCGGAACGCUUAUCGAGAAAAGCCCCGACUGCCGCGGGAAGUGUGUGCUCGUGCACUUUGAUGAUAAAGAUCCAAACCAGAAUCUCGCAGACGUGCUUAUAGAAAAAAUACGUGAAUUGGAGCCAAAGUUUGAAAGUAUGAUUAAGCAAGACAGGUUUUAACCUCUCUUUCUAUCACUUAGAGAUAUCUUUUAUUGAAUCAAGAAAGCAUAUUUUUGUUAUUAGAGUAAGAGUUAUUUCUUGUCAUUUUUAUUCGCUCAGUCUAAUGUUAUAUUUGUAAGUUAUAGAAAGGGACAGGUAUAGAUUCUAUAGACAAACAAGACUUAAAAUAUAGACUAUAAGUCAAAUUUUUAUGUUUUUUUUUUUUUUUAUAAUGGCAAGAAGAUAUGACUAUUUCCCAGUGUCAAGUAAAUUUUUAUGUUAAAUUUAAUCAUAGGAUAUUUUUUUUAUAAAGUUUUUUUUAUUUUUAUUACCUAACUAUUGUUUUUAAGCGUUUUUGAUAAAUCUUAUAAAUUAAAUACGCUUACAACGCAUACGAGUACAUACGAGUACAACAUGUAUAAAUGUUAACAGUGAAUUACUUUGGCCAAUAAACCUGUUACAUUGUUAGUUAUUAUACAUUUGCUGUCUUUAAAUGUAAAUAUUCAAUUUUCUAAAUAGUAGUUACCUAUAUGAAGAUGGUGUUGAAUGCUAAGUCACUAGCCAACAGAUAGCCAGUAUAUACCUUAUAUUAUAUAUUUUUGUCUAAAUUAGUAUUAAGAAAAAUGUUCUGAAUUUUAAUGAAUAGCAUAAGAACUAUUUUUUACAUUUUUUAAACGGAAGGCCUCAAUGUAUAGUUUUUUAAGUGCAUAGGCACCAUAGUUUCAUAACUAACUGCUAAAUAACGAAAUAUUUUAUAACCUGUUUAGAUUUACGAAAGUUAAUAGAAUAUAAUAUUUUAUUAGAGGGUCGUCAUUAAUUCAAUGGCUGUACCUUAAAUAUGUGAGUCCUGCUAUUUUAUAAGUUUAAAUACUAAAUAUUUAAUGUGCUCGGCGCGAAUAUAAGAAUUUUAUUAAUUUUGAAAUUAUCUUAAUAUUUUGAUACGAGUUAUUAUUAAAUGAUGA